UGCUCGGCAAAGAAAAGAGCCAAAUUCUACCAGCGACUAUUCUCAUCACUGAUCAGCGAAUGGAUCCUGGCGCUUGGCGAUGAAGCAAAUGACGAUGCCAUCACCAGCAAGGAUAAGGCUGUUCGAUGGAAAUUCGAGCAACUCGACAUUAAUAAUAACACGCGACUGGAGCGAAAAGAGUGGAAGCCUUAUCGAAACGAACUGCGCUUAUUGAAUAAAGUUCGAAAAUGCGGACGAAAUUUUUUGCGUUUCUGUGACCGCGAUGGGAACAAACAAAUUACGCUGGAUGAAUGGCUGAGCUGUACGAUCUAUGUGGAUACAACAGUUCCAUCGACGCCGUCAACGAAGACCAAGGUAGCGCUGCCCCGGAAAAAUCCUUUCCUGGACAUCCUUCGACCAGACGAUUAA